CAAGAUGGCGGCGCCCACAUGCAGGGUGCCGCGCCUCUGGUUUUGGGGUUCAGGGCAGGGUCUGGGGAGUCACCUCCGUCUCGUCUCAUGGCCAUUUUGUACCGCCGCUGCUGCCUCGAAGCCCCUGGUUGCCCAGGAGUUAGCGGAGAGGCUCCGAGCCCAGAAACAGGAACAAAAGGCGAAGAAGGUGCCGGUGCUCACGGACCCUGUCCAGCGAAGGGUGCAAGAGCUAGUGCGGUUCACACAGCAGCUGCAGAGAGUCCACCCCAAUGUGCUCGCUAAGGCACUAAGCCGAGGGAUUGUCCACCAGGACAAGGACCUCGUGGUCAUCAAUAAGCCCUAUGGUCUCCCUGUGCAUGGUGGCCCUGGGGUCCAGCUCUGCAUCAGUGAUGUACUACCUAUCCUGGCAAAGAUGCUUUAUGGCCACAAGGCAGAGCCCCUACACCUGUGCCACCGGCUGGACAAGGAAACUACAGGCGUAAUGGUGUUGGCUCGGGAAAAAGAAGUGGCACACCAAGUCCAAGAGUUGUUUAGAACCCGUCAGGUGGCAAAGAAGUACUGGGCCAUCACCGUGCAUGUCCCCGUGCCCGCAGCAGGAGUCGUGGAUAUCCCCAUCAUCGAGAAGGAGGUGACGGGGCAGCAGCAGCACCACAAGAUGACGCUGUCCCCGAGCUACCGAAUGGACAAUGGGAAAGUGGUGAAAGUACGGAGCAGCCGGAACGCUCACGUGGCUGUGACCCAGUACCAGGUGCUGAGCAGCACCGUCUCCUCUGCCCUCUUGGAGCUCCAGCCUGUUACUGGAGUCAAACACCAGCUUCGAGUUCACCUGUCCUUUGGAUUGGAUUGCCCCAUCCUUGGUGAUCACAAGUACUCAGACUGGAAUAGGUUGGCCCCCCAGAAGCUGUCUGUCGGCACUCUGAAGAAGCUGGGGCUGCCCCAGUCCAAGGCCCGCCACCUCCCCCUUCACCUGCAUGCCCGCCAGCUGGUCCUGCCUGCCCUGGGGUCCAGGAAGGAGGAGCUCAGCUUGGUCUGCAGGCUUCCUCGCUACUUCGUGCGCUCCCUGAGCCGUCUGGGCUUAGAGAUGCCAAGUCAAGAUCCAAACAAGGAAGACAAAACUGGGCCCCUGGGAAUACAGUGAAGACUGGGCAGUGUGGCCCCCGAAUCCCUCGCUUUGUUGAAUGGACUCCUUGGGACAGACUCCAGAAGAGCCAGGUGUUAGGAGGUGAACCCCAGCUGCUCCAGGGUUUUUACUAGAAACUAAAGUCUCUCUCCUGAUACUUGGGCCACACUCCGGAAGAGCCUGCUCUGUGGGAAGUCUCCCUGCCUCGGGGUCAUCUCGCCAAGAUGGAGAAAUGCCCAGGGCCAGGCAGGUUGGGUCAGUAAUUAGAAAAGGAGACCUACAGCAUAGAACCUGUGAGCAGACACUGUUUUCACCCAACAAUAAAGUUCCUGAUCUCUCAGGAAGGUUCUUGUGGUUGGAAA